AUGGUAGACCCAGCUGAAAAAGUUGUCAACAUCCAAUUUGACAAGUUUUACGAGACUAGCCUCAGCCCUCAAGUCAACAAAGAACAACUAGACCCUUUCUCACCUUCAUCUGACCCCCUAGACUCUUGUACGAAUGAAGUACACAAGUCCAAGGGGGGGCUUAAUGACACACAUCUUCGCUUCGAAGAUUGCAUCGAGGGCAACAUCAACAAGCUUAACAACAAGAAUGAAAAGCUUAUCAAAAAAACGAGCUUUGAUUGCAAAACCAAUAAGGCACAAAAGAGGUCUCAGUCCAUUUCACCACCUCCAGCUCCAAUUGCAAUAAAGAGACGUCGUCGAUUCUUGUAUUCAGGUCAUGAAGAUGAUGAUAAUGAAGGCGAAAAGGAUUGUGAAUUUGGUAGGUUGGUAAAUAAGCGAAUAGUGAGAAAGCUUUUGAAUGAUUUCAGCCGAGUGGCUAACAAUGCAUGA